AUGGCCGAGGACCCCAUCCACGACGUCCCCGUCGGCCUCCAGCCCGUCCUCCAGGACCUGAGCGAGACGCCGCGCGUCGACCCCUUAAAGCGCCUCAUCGAACGCUACCCGCCCAAGCCGCCGCCGCCGCGAACGAAGGGCAAGGUCGACGCGAAGAAGUUGAUAUCGCAGCUCCCGGCCGAGACGCUGCUGUGGCUCCAGGGCCCGCAUCGGGAGGUGAAUUUUAGGGUGCGCCCGACGAACGAAUCGACCGAGGCCCGCGAAGCUAGAAUAGCCUGCACGCGGGCCUGGACCCGGUCGCUGGGGCCAAUCCCGACGACAAGCCCAUCUAUACCAAACAUAGACUGAUUCCUACGGAAUUUGUGAACCCCUAUGCUCCCAAGAAAGCCGAAGCACCGGGCGGCUGCCGAGCCCGCCGCCGAGCCUGACGCCGGCGAAGCGGCCGAAGCGGAGGGCGCCGGCGAGGAGUGAGCGGCCUCGCAAGAUGCUCUGCGUCCUCACGAACGCCUGGACGAGUUCAUCUACGGAGGCGUUCCAGGACAUGGUCCGGGAGCCGUACUCAUCGAAGAACCCCCUCCUGAACCGGAAGAACGCGACGUACAAGCCCUUCAUCGACCGCGCGGAAAAGAGCGGCGUCGAGCUCUUCUUCACGGAGUGCUCGUCUGUUGUGGAGUCUUCCCACGACGCCAAACCCGAACGGGACCUCGCCAAGGUGCAACGGGACCUGGCGAGCGACGCCUGGUCGGACAUCAUAUGGUGUGGCAAGACGCCGAUACAAUGCGCGCGGGACCUCGGGCUUCUUGAGGAAGGGGGUUCUGGUGUCGCGCUGGCGGGCGUGCCGCUCAACGCGCCCCAGCGCACAAACGGGCGGACGCACUGGCCCGUCGCGGCCGCGGGCUCGAGUAUUCCUCGCAAGGACGCCUACGACGCCGUGUUUAACAUUCAGUAGUUA